CGGACUCUCGGGAACGGUUUCCGGGUUUCCUUUCCUGGGCUGGGACAGCGGCGAGAGUCAAAAACCCCCUGUUGAUUAAUUAACGACAUUUUAAAGUUACGCUGAGGAGCUUGUCAGACAUCCAGUAAACGGUAGCGAUGUCUCAAUCUGGAGAAAAGGGGAAGUUCCCAGAUGCAGCAGGUUAUGUUGGGUUUGCCAACCUCCCAAACCAAGUGCACCGGAAAUCUGUGAAAAAAGGUUUUGAAUUCACCCUAAUGGUUGUAGGAGAGUCUGGUUUGGGCAAGUCGACACUUAUAAACAGCCUGUUUCUCACUGAUCUCUAUCCUGAACGCUACAUCCCUGGUGCUGCAGAAAAGAUUGAGAGGACAGUGCAGAUUGAGGCAUCAACUGUGGAAAUCGAGGAGAGAGGAGUGAAGCUUCGUCUCACUGUGGUUGACACCCCUGGAUAUGGCGAUGCCAUCAACAGCCAAGACUGCUUCAAGACCAUCAUCCAGUAUAUUGACAAUCAGUUUGAACGAUACCUUCAUGAUGAGAGCGGGCUGAACCGAAGACACAUAGUGGACAACAGGGUGCACUGCUGCUUCUACUUCAUAUCCCCAUUUGGACACGGUCUUAAACCUCUGGAUGUGGAGUUUAUGAAGGCCAUCCACAGCAAAGUCAACAUAGUCCCGGUCAUUGCCAAGGCUGACACACUGACACUGAGGGAGCGGGAUCGCCUGAAGAGAAGGAUCCUGGACGAGAUCGCUGAGCAUGGAAUCAGAAUUUAUCAGCUACCUGACGCUGACUCUGAUGAGGACGAGGAAUUCAAGGAGCAGACCAGAGUCCUGAAGGCAAGCAUUCCCUUUGCUGUGAUUGGCUCCAACCAGCUGAUUGAGGUGAAGGGGAAGAAGAUUCGUGGUCGUCUUUAUCCCUGGGGAGUCGUUGAAGUGGAGAACCCCGAACACAAUGAUUUCCUUAAACUACGUACCAUGCUUGUGACCCACAUGCAAGACCUACAGGAGGUGACUCAGGAUUUGCAUUAUGAGAACUUCCGCUCAGAGAGGCUGAAGACAGCGGGCAGGGCUGUGGAUGAGGAUGUGAUGGAUAAGGAUCAGAUCCUGCUCCAGAAAGAGGCAGAGUUGAGACGCAUGCAGGAGAUGAUCGCUCAGAUGCAGGCGCAGAUGAAGAUGAAAACCGAUGAGUAAAAGAGUCAAAAGGAGUAGAAAUUGAAGCACACUCACCCCUGACAUCCAUCAAUACUGCCACCUCCCCGCAGACCCACCAGGAGCCUGGGAUCACAUCAUCUUCAUCAUCUUCACCUGUUAAUCAUCCUUCUCCUCCCUCCAAGCAUCCAUCCAUCAGGUGUCCAGGAGCUCACGACUAUUUUUUUAUUCUUCAAAAACACUUUUCAUAGCACAUACUGCCGUCAACACUAUUCCGCAAAAUAAAACUAAGUAGAAACAAGUUCCUUUAUCCAGCCACGUAAUGUAUCUCCUCCAAAAUGUAAUGUAAUGGACACAGAAAUCAGUUGUUUUUGAGGAAUGAGGCAGCGUCAAAAACAUAUCUUUUUGUUAGAGGUAAGACUAUUUAAAUGCUUGAUGACAAUGACAUGUUUCAGUUUUUUAGCUGUUGAUUUGUGGUACUGUCAGUGACAACAGCACUAAAGCAGGAUUUUUACCAUUAGACUUCAAUGUUUACAACAAAUAUUUGCACAAAUCAUGCAUUUGUUUUUAAGGCCAAGCUUCUGUUAAAUCAAUGUUCAACUUAUUUUGCUUUCAAGACUCAUUUGAGUGUAUUUUAACUUAAACACUUCAAAAGUUUUUUUUAUUUUUAUUUUUUUUAUUGGUCAUUUAGAAGCCUUUACCUCUGAAUGGUGUCAGACCUUCAGUGUCUUCACUGGGUUCAGUCUAGUGAUGCAGAGUGUACAUUGUUAGUGUGAAAUGUUUGGCUAAGAACUAGGUAAACUGUCCAGAUUCUGUGCUCAGCUUUGUAGAAUCUAGAUUUAGAAACCUUUUUUCUGUCUUUCAGUCUGUAAAGAUAUAUGCAAGAAGUCAGACUAACACAAUUCAGGUACAAAAUGAACCUGCCAUUCUCUAGGAUCAAGCUGUUGUGUUAAAGUUCCAUGCUGCUGCAUUAUUGUAAUAUUAGUGCCAAACAAAAGAGACAAAAGUUCAGACUUAAAACUAACCUGCAACUUUUCUAUUCAGAGCAGUAAAUGAAUGUGUCUGUAUUAGGUUCACUGACAUUACUUAACGUGUUCUGUCUGUACACUUCAUAUGCAGCCCUUCAUCAUAACUCUACUGUGUGUUGGCUCUCUUAUUUAAAAACACAGUAAUGUAAUAUUUAAGUGUAAUAUGUGAAAACCUUCUCCAGCCUCUCCAGUUUCUUCAUCAGUGCCGUCAGACUUGUGCUGCCAUUGGCAUAAGUUAUUUCCCCAAUCUUUUGCUCUCGUAUGCAUAUUUGUCUGUUGUUCUUAUUGAGACAAACCUAAUUAUUAUUUCUUAACCAUAUGUCAGUAAAGACGUGUUUUUAAAUGUCUACAUUUUUGUAUUCUUCUCUAAAAUAAAUUGUUCAGAGAAAAUUGGAACUGUA